GAAAUGAUUGCCGAAUACGAAGAUGAUGCCCACUUUUGCCUAAAAUGCCAUACGACAAUCAUUGGCCUCGACAACUAUGUGGAACACAGGAAAACAGGGUGUUCCAGAAACCCAAAGUCACCUCUACCAAGUCAACUCCUUCCUCCAGAUGACUCUUUUGGACCCAAGGCUGACGAUUUCUUCUCUUCUCUGGAACUCAGGAGCAGUUCAAAGAAAAAUGAAGUCCAUCCUUCUACUUCUGGCAAGGGCAUCAGUGGAAUUUUAACCAGAAGUAAGACAACUGCAGUCAUACAGGCUUCAGCUACUUCCGCAAAAGAUCCAGAUCCCCCGCAGUCCAAAUCAGGCAAAAACGUGUGGAUUGGAGGACAUCAGCUUAAGGAACUUGGUCAUGGAGACAACCAAUCAAAAUUAAUUAAAGCCGUUGCAAACCUUGAACGACAGAAGGAAGGGCCAACUAAACUACAAGUCUACGACGAAUCUGAAGACGAAUCUGAUGAUUAUGACUAUGAUGUUGAGGAGUCAAGUAGUGACGAAGAUAGACCUCCUAGAAACUACACUGGAGGCAAAUGGAAACCCUCGUCACCUAUACAGUGGUCUAGGAACGACUGGAACGUUCCGCCUCCUUCUUACACUGGAGGAAAAUGGAAACCUCCUCCAACUCACACCAAAGGCAAGUGGAAGCCCUCUUAUGGAAAGGAAGAUGACAUUCCUCCACCAACAUUUACUGGAAGCAAAUGGGUAGCUUCUAAGAAACAAGAUGAUAGUCUGGAUGUACCACCACCUACGUUUACUGGGAGUAAGUGGGUUUCUUCUAAAAGACAAGAGUACCAGGAUGAGCCACCUCCAAGUCAUACUAAAGGAAAGUGGAAGCCAAAGGAGGAUGAAGAUUAUUUUCCUCCUCCGAGUCAUACAAAAGGGAAGUGGAAACCUGAUUUUCCUCCACCUUCUCAUACCAAAGGAAAGUGGAAACCUGGGGAGUUUCCACCACCUUCCCAUACAAAAGAUAAAUGGAAACCAAGGGAUGAUCUCGAAACAUCAAUGCCCGUAGAACCAGAGAAGGCUCAAGCGGUUGUUACGGAGUCCAAACCAGAAGACGAUCGUUGGAUAACCCCUUCUGCAAGCAAAGACAUAAGCAUCAUGGACCAAUCACUACCAAAGUCAACUGAUGCCAACCAAUACUGGUGUGGCCUUUGUAACAGGAGACUCUCUUCUAAGGUUGUAUAUGAAAGACAUCUGAAAUCUGAGCUGCACUUCAAACGAAUGGUCCACGACUUGGACUUUGACGACAACAGUAUUUUGACGAACAAACGGCGUUCUAGAGUAACUCCUCCUGAGGUGAUAUUCAGCAACCAGAAGAAAACGUCACCCAAAAGCGAAAAGCAACGUAUCAGAAAGAAAACUUAUGAAAGAUGUGAAGUUUGUCACUCUAAAGUCUACGCUCAUCUUAUUGGGAAGCACCUCAUAUCUCAUUAUCACUGUAGAAGAGGAGAUAUCACAUCAGCUACAGCAAAGUGCAUGGUUUUGAAAAACAUUUACGAGAUAGUUUUGGAGAGUCCUUUUCAGUGCAGUAUCUGCAAGUUCUAUUGCAAUACUCAUGACGAUUUCCUAAAGCAUUGGCUAUCGCAAGGCCAUGUUGAUAAUAAGAAACCAGGUUAUUUUUUCUGUAGUUUUUGCAAUCAUAGAAGUGAGGACACCAAACUAAUGUAUGACCAUCUGGUAUCACCUAGUCAUUUGGAAGUUGUUUCUGUUAUAAACAGAUAUAUACCGAUUGUUAUCAAGAAAAUAAAUCCGGUAUAUUGUUCUACUUGCAAUAAAGAGUUCAGUCUGAAUAUUCAGUUAUUGCGGCAUUGCAAGAAACUGAAUCAUGGCGAGGAAGACGAGUUGAAAAAGCUCCAAGCUGUGAACUUAUGCGACAAAUGCGGUGAAAAUUUUGUGUCUGGUGUUUCCUUGCAGAGACACAAAGAGUUAGCUCAUGGAGAGAAAUACUAUUUCUGUAGCCCCUGUAACAUAAAACUAAAGAGCAAGAAAGACAUGAAAGCUCAUAGAAAUACUCAGGAGCAUACUUAUAAUUACAUGGAGAAGAAAGGAAAAUCCAAAGAAAAAGAAUGCGAUUAUUGCGAUGAAACUUUUGGAAAUUUCUUAUUAUUGAAGAAGCAUUUGAAGGAUGUACAUCCUGAGUACCAAAUCAGAUGCGGCUUGUGUGGUGAAAUUUUCGCAGUAGCAGCUGAGCUAGCUGCCCACAUUCGUCGAAAGGCAUGCAAAUUUUCUUCAAAUGAUGAGGGCACCCUUCAAUGUGAACGAUGUCCUUUCAAAUCCAGCUCUAUGGCAGAACUUCAUUUUCACGGAGUUUUUCAUGACGAAAAACCAGUCACCUUCACUGUGGGCGAUGGUGAAAAGGUUGUGUCUAAGUAUAAGUGCCCUCUGUGCUCAAAAAUGUUCACUAAGGCUUCGCUGCUUCCUCAUAUUAGGCAGCAUACUAAAGAAAAACCGUUUGAAUGCAAGAUCUGCGGGAAAAAGUUCGCCAGGAAGAACAAUUUGAAUUUUCAUGUCAGAAAUCAUAAAAAUGUAUACAAAAGAAGGAGCAAGGAGCAGACCUUUCUAUGCUCCGUGUGUGGGGAUAGCUUCAACAGAAGAUGCAUUCUUCAGCAGCACAUGUUUCGCCACACCGGCAAACCCUUCAAAUGCCCAUCAGUGGGCUGCAUCUACUCAGCUCGCUCAAGCGCCGAGGUCAAAGCCCACUUUUCGACACACCUCGAAGAGAAGAAAUUCAAGUGUGACGUGUGCAAGUUCACCACCAAGACGAAGCAACUCCUUCAACGACAUUGCAGGGUGCACUCUUCCACGAAACAUCAUCAGUGUCCCAAAUGCAGUUUUGUGGCUUUAACGGCUUCGCAUCUCAGGAGACAUAUCAGGAAGCAUACAGGAGCUAAGCCUUUCAAGUGUCCUUAUUGCGAUUACACUUGCAGCACUUUGGAAAACUUGAGAAAGCAUAUCCUAAUAACCACUAAACACGUGGGCAAGAGCGUGUAUGAAUGCAAAUUGUGUACCAGUGAGGACCAGGAGAAGUUCCAGACAAAUAUCGCCAAGGAAUUUAAGGUCCAUCUCCUUACCAUACAUCAAGAUAUGUUUAAAAACAACACUGAGGCCAUGAGCUAUGUAGCUGGACUUCACAACAUCUACGAUGAAGCACCGUUGGCGAAUCAAGCUUUCGAUAAUCAUGAAAGUCAUUCCAAAUCACCCCCAGCAACUUUAGAAGAACAAAACGAGAACAUUUUGAAGUUGAACAGUGACAUCGAUCCAGUAGUUAGUCAACUUCCAUCCACGUCAUCGAAUAAAGACAAUCUGGACCAAAUGUUAACAAUGUUCAUCAUCCCUAAAGAUGGCGGCAUUUCUGCCGAAAAUCCUGGAGAGUCCUGGAAUUUGGUUGGAAGAUACGAUGUUGAAGAGGAGUCUGGGACUCUGAUACCUUUUCAAAGUGAAGAGGAUAGCUUGUUUGAUGAACAUUUUUGAAUGUGGAUUUAUAUUACAUUUUGUAUCCUAAGACGAAUCAGUAUAUCCUGAUGAUUCCGUCAGUGUCAGUAGAUUUCUACAUAAAAUUAUUCAUACAUAAUUAAUGACGUCUAGGUUACAAGGUCAGUAAAUAUCACAUUUCAUGGUAAAUACAGACACAGUAAAUACUGUUUGACAUUUGCCUAAGUUAUGUGAUUGAUUUCUCAGUAUUGAUCAUAAUUCUUAUAAUAUAGUAUGAAC